UGUGCAAGACGAAUGGGCCACUAGGGAUGAUCUCAGGUGCAAUUAACGACUGGCAAAUCAGCUCAUCCUCAACGUACCCCAGUGAAUGGGACAGAGGUUGUCAUGAGAAGUAUGCUCGCAUAUACCUGCCUAACAAAUUAGGAUGGUGUGCCAAAUACAAAAGUUCAUCAGAGUGGUUACAGGUGGAUCUUGGAGUGGCAGCAAGGAUAACCGGUGUCAUGACACAAGGCAGAGGAGACGGUACGGAGUGGGUCAGUCGGUUCAUGAUCUCCUACAGCAUGGACGCAUAUCACUGGAAUUACGUCACAGAUAACUAUGGCAACCAGUGGUUGUUUGAGGGAAACACGGAUUCUUUCUCAGUGAAGCACAAUUAUUUAGAUCGACCAAUCACCGCCCGUUAUAUUAAGUUCCAUACUGUUCAGUGGAACAGGCAUCCCAGUAUGAGAGUGGAGAUUAUUGGAUGUCAGUUAUGCAAAGAACGGCUUGGUCUACCUCCUUAUGGAAGACUGACUGCAUCAUCCUACCGAAAGUUUCAACACGGCAGCUCAUGUCUGCCAGAAGAUGGUCAUAUCGUCAGCAGUAAGGCCUGGUGUUCAAAGAAACAAAACGAAUCUCAAUGGCUUCAGAUUGAUGUUGGACCACCGACGCUGAUAACGGGUAUCAUAACCAAGGGUAGAGGUGAUACACUGAGGAAGCACUGGGUUCAGAGGUUUCGAAUAGCCUACAGCAACGACACCAGGCUAUGGUACAGUUACAAGGAUGCGCAUCAUCUGGACCCGAAGAGUCGGUGGCUGUGGAGCCCGUCACUAAAUACAACUUCCUCACAUUUAAUCCCCGACAAAUACUCGGAAAGUGGCCUGUUGUUUGGCGGGAACAGUGACAAAGAUACAGAAAGGGUGCACUUUCUAAAUAGCCCAUUUGUUGCCAGAUAUGUCCGUUUUCAUCCAGUGGAGUGGCAGGGGAAGAUAAGUAUGAGAGCAGGACUGCUGGGAUGCCCGUUCACAGGUGAAUGCAAUGAUGGUUUCAUGCGAGUCAAUGACGACACUCCUUGCAUUGAGAAUCUAGCAUACAAGAAGGACAGCUGGAUUAACAAGAAAACAUUAUACAAGCGCCAUAUCAGACAUAAGCUUCCAGAGGGGCAUGCUGACCGCGCAGUAGAUGGUGAUCUAGAUCUGAGGCUUCAGAGCUGUACAAUUCUUGACAACCUUUAUGGAAAAUAUCCACUGUGGACGGUCGACCUUGGUCAAAAAACUGCAGUAUCCGGAGUUGUCAUAUAUACAUGGCAAGGAGACGGGCAAGACAAGGCUACGUCAUUUCGUGAGUACUUGAAGAACCUGGAUCAGCUUGUUGUGUAUGUCGAUGACAAGGUUCAAAAACAAGACGACCAGCACGAUGAAUCCUAUGCGUCUGGUAAUAUGUGUAACUAUAUUUCCUCUCUCAAUGAGGCACUUUAUAGUAGGAGACUUUUGCUACAAUGUGUAAGAACCAAUGUGGGAAGAUACGUUCUCAUCGAAGCUUGGGGUAGACAGAUUGGCUGGUCAAGGCUGUUUGGCGCUGUACUGUGUGAGGUACAAGUUUUUAACUGA